AUGAGAGCGUCACAAUUACCAAGAAUUGUCUCCAAAGUUGUGAUGAGAGGUGCUCUACCACAAUAUAAAUUCAUGAAUUUUUCCAAAAGCACUCAAAGUUGCUUUGUUUCAUCUACUAAUAACAAAUAUCACACUAUUAUGAGAGGAAUGAACAAUAGCACCACACCAAUUAGUGAGGAAGUUGAAGCAAUAACAAAUAGUACUACAGAAACUUCUUUACCAACAACACCAGCUCCUACUAUCGGAGAUGUUUUUGUUGAUGAUUUUCUUCUAGAGGAAGUUUCUAAAGAAUCAUCUAUUAAUGAAUUAAAAACAGCUAUAUUUGAUUCUGCCAUUAAACACACCAAUACAUUUACUCCAAACGUUAAAGUAUUAAACGAGAUUUUAGAAUAUGUCAAGAAGAAUGGACAAGAAGAUGCUUCACCUGAAUUACAAUCGGAAGUAUUUAAACAAUUAUCAGAUUUAUGUAUCUUUAAUCGUAGAGUUUCAGAAGAACAUUUAUUUGACAAUAUUAAAUCAAUCAAACAAUUGCCAAGAUCAUCAGUUUAUGGAGUUUUGAUGAAGUUUUAUGAAGAAAGAGGAUGUAUCAAGGAAGCAUUAGAGAUUUUUGAAAAUGUUAAGGAUAAUAAUAACGAAAAUAUUAUCCAUACAGGAAUUACACUUUAUGCAAGAAUGAAGGAUAUUGAAAAAGUUGAAGCUCUCUUUUCUAGAUUACAAAAUCCAAAUGGUAGACACUGGUCUUCCCUUGUUUAUGCCUAUGUCAAUGUAGGUAUGAUGGAAAAAGCUCACGAAAUUACUGUCAAAUUGCAAGGUUCAAAGCACUUGACAGCCGAUAUCUUUGCUCCAAUUCUUAAUCAUCACGUUAAAAACAAUAAUAUUGAUUUGGCACUUCGUUUCUUCCAUGAAAUGCCUGAUAUGGGUAUUAAGAGAAUGACCUCAACAUAUACAAUUUUAAUUUCUGCUGCCUGUAAUCAAGAUAGAAAUGAUUUAAUUUCAUUUUUAUUCAGUCAUAUGAGAAAGGAUAAGGUUAAACCUUCAGUUUCCAUUUAUUCAUUCUUAUUCUAUUAUUACUUUAACAAGAACCAAUUAGAUAAGGUCUAUCACUACUAUGUUGAAUUGUUAAAGGAUGGAUAUGAAAUUCCAAUCAAUUCUUAUAGAAUUUUAUUGAUUGCUCUUGCAGAUUCAAAAAAGCUUAAUGAACUGAAAGAAUUGGAAAGAAUAAUAAUAGACAAAACAGGAGGUUCAAAUUCUGCCUAUCAAAUCAUUUAUGCAUACACAAUAACUGGUAAUCUCAAUGAAGCUGAGAGAGUAUUUUUCCGAUUCCGUGACAAGAUUCAAGAUGAAUCCCUUAGAGAACGUCUUUAUAAUACCAUGUUGGCAACAUAUUUACGAUUUAAUCAAGAUUGGAAAGCAUUUUCAUUACUUGAAUCAUUCCCAUUCAGUCCAACAUCAAGGACUGUAGAAGUUUUAUAUCGUGAAGGAGCAAAGGAUAUUCCAUCAGAUGUAUUUGCAGCUCAAUAUAAAUUCACUGCUAAAAAGUCUUCAAGUACAAACUACACCCAUCGUCAUCAACACAACAAUAUGGAAUAA